CAUAAUGUUAUGAAGAUUGUAAGAAAGCAGAGAGAUGAACUUAAAGGUUGCUUACACUUGCUCACCUAAAUUAACAGUGGUGGAGCUGGUCACAAUCCCCUAGUAAUGGCUGCUUUGCAGAUCCACUUUUGACAGCAUUUGAUUCUUUGCCAUAACAGAGGUGGCUGAAAGAUGCACCAAUAUAUUUUCUAGAGUACAUACAUGUUAUUCUUCCAGGUUGAAAAAAGGUGUAUAUUGCACACUACCUCAGAAAAAGAUUUUGAUGGAGAGAACAUUCUCAGGGAAUUACUCAGAAUUGCUGUGAAUCUGGGUCUAUACCUGAAUCUCAUUCCAUUUCUGGGUCAACCCAGUGGAUCCUGUCAUUGCAAUCAAAUCAGGUUGGGAAAGGCAAGAAAGAGAAACAAAUCAACAAAAGAUGGAAGAGAGGUUUUGGAUUAGCCUCUAAAGAGACAACAUAUAGUAUGAGGAAAGAGAUACAGCUGGGUAGAAGAGUCUGAGCAGCAAAGGUGGCUCUGAGGACUUGGGCUGCCAUUUGGCACCAGGUGUUCCUGACUGAAAGUGAAGCCAGAGAGCACCACUGACAACCAAUGUUGCAAUUAAAAGUCUGGAAGACUUGGUUUCAAAACAUAUUCCACAACUUUCAAAGGAAGUGGAUCUACAUGAAGAGCUACAAAGGGAGUUGAUUUCAGAAGACAGUGUUUGCGAAGAUGUCUCCAAGUUAUGCAACUCCAGUGUUUGCUUUGAUGUUGUGUUUAGCAGCUGCAGGUCCUGUGCCUCGGAGUGAAUGUGUCCUGUCUCCUGUUAACAACUCGCACCCAGUCCAUGCCUUAUUGGAGAGUUUCACAGUCUUAUCCGGCUGUGCAAGCCGGGGCACGACAAGCCUGCCGCAAGAGGUGCACGUCCUCAAUCUCAGAAGUCCAGAGGAAGGUCUUGGCCAGCAUGAAAGAGAGGUCACCUUACACUUGAAUCCGAUUUCAUCAGUGCACGUUCACCAGAAGCCUCUCGUGUUCCUUCUCAACUCACCAUUGCCCCUGAUCUGGAAGCUAAAGACAGAGAGGCUGGCACCUGGGAUCCGGAGGGUGUUCUUCGUAUCUUUAGGUUCCGUUGUUCAGUUUGAGAAGGGAAAUUUCUCCUUGUCAGCAGAAACAGAAGAAAAGCUUUUUCCUGAGAAAAAUGAACAUCUGCUACAGUGGGCCCAAAAGGAAUAUGGAGCAGUCACAUCUUUCACUGAACUCAAAAUAUCAAGAAACAUCUAUAUCAAAGUAGGAGAAGAUCAAGUCUUUCCUGCAUCAUGCAACAUAGAAAAGAACUUUCUCUCUUUAAAUUAUCUUGCGGGAUACCUACAACCAAAGACAGCAGAAGGAUGCCUUAUGUCCAACUUAGUCCAAGAAAGAGAAGUUCAUAUCAUUGAACUAAUCACUCCAAAUUCGAAUCCAUACAGUGCUUUCCAGGUGGAUAUAAUUGUUGACAUUAAACCAUCUCAACCAGGCGCCAAGCUUGUCAGAGACAUCGUACUUGUCCUCAAGUGUAAAAAGUCUGUCAAUUGGGUUAUCAAAUCACAUGAUGUCCAAGGAAAACUGGAAGUCAUUACAUCAAAUAGUAUUGGUUUUGGAAAAGAAACAGAACGAUCCAUGACUAUGAGUAAAUCAAUAAUACCUGAUAUUCCCUCAUCACAUGAGAGUUUGAUCAAGUGGGCUUAUGAGCAUAACUAUAGCCCUGUUACUUCCUACACAAAAGCCCCUGUUGCUAAUCGUUUCCAUCUGCAACUUGAAGAUACAGAAGAGAUGAAUGAUGAAGAAGUCCAUUCCCUUCCUCCAGAGCUGACAGAACUGUUGGAUGCUAGUCCACUGCCUGCCCCAAAGAAUCCUGCAUUGAGCGAGGGCCUGGCUUUUCCCUUUCACAUUAACAGAGGAAGACAUGGCACAGUGGGAGAGGGACUCUUCCCAUCCAGAGAUUCAGCAGACGCGUUAAUAAACCAUGACUUUGUGCAUUCCCUCCCAAAACACAAAGAACCUCAGGAGGUUCAGGGUGGUGCUAAUGUAGCUCUAUCCAUAAAGUGUGAUGACAAAGUCAUGACAGUAGCUGUAGAGAAAGACUCCCUGCAGGCUAAUGGCUACACAAGGACAGAGCUCUCACUGCUGGAUCCUUCUUGCAAGGCCAGGAUGAAUGGUACCCAUUUCAUUUUGGAAUCUUUGCCGAACAAAUGCGGGACUCGAACAGCCUAUAUCUUGGACAAGAUUGUUUAUUUUAACUCUAUUGUCAUUCAGCUGUCAUCACCAGCUGAAAGCAGCGGCUCCGAUGACGACGACCUGGAGUCAGGGGAUAACGGGUUUCCAGGAGAUGCCGACGAGGGAGAUGUUGCUUUCUCGAGCUGGCCUGAAAUCGCGUUUAAUUGCACAUUGAACCAGCUGGAGAAUGAUAGAGCCUUUUUAAGUCCUUCCAUGCUCUGGCCUCCUGAACGACACGUCACCAACGUUACCUUCAACAUGGAGCUGUACAAAACAGAUCUGUUCCUUGCUCCAUCCCAAGAACUGUUUUCUGUUGCUGAGAAUGGGCCAAUAUAUGUAGAGGUUUCUGUGACUAAAGCUGAUAGGUCCUUGGGCUUUGCCAUUCAAACAUGCUUUGUUUCCCCAUUUUCAAAUCCGGAUCGAAUGUCUGAUUACACCAUUAUAGAAAAUAUUUGUCCAAAAGAUGAAUCUGUUAAAUUCUACAGCAUCGAGAAGGUGAACUUUCCAAUACCACAUGCACAAAAGGAUAAAAAACGGUUUAGCUUUGUGUUUAAACCAAUAUUCAACAUCUCCCUGCUCUUUCUUCACUGCGAGCUGACUUUGUGUACGAACAGAGACAAAGAUACUCAAGGAUUGCCUAAGUGCAUUCCUCCUGAUGAAGCUUGCACCUCGCUCAACGUGGAUAUGAUCUUGGCCAUGAUGCAUAACAAGAAAACCUUCACCAAACCCCUCGCAGUAGUAACUUAUGAAGUAAAACAAGAAGAUCCAUCCAUUCUAAAGCCAAAUGUGAGACAGCCACCCGUGUCCUACGGGCUGGACACCGUCACGGUGGUGGGCAUCGCCUUCGCCGCAUUCGUCAUCGGAGCGCUGCUCACCGGCGCCCUGUGGUUCAUCUACUCCCACACGGGGGAAACGGCCGGAAGACAGCAGGUCCCCACGUCGCCGCCAGCCUCCGAGAACAGCAGCCCGGCGCACAGCAUUGGCAGCACACAAAGCACCCCCUGUUCCAGCAGCAGCACAACCUAACGCCGGCGAGAGCAGAGAGGAGCAGCCUAGGAGAGCAGAGCUUCAAAGGACUGUUUGUUGACAUCAGC